AUGCCGGACAAGAAGUCCAAGUCCAACAAGUCGAGCAAGAGGGCCGAGGAGCUCCGCCAGGAGAUCGGCAUCACCGAGCACCUGUGGGACAUCGACAAGCUGUGCAAGCACUUCAAUGUGGACCUCAACAAGGGCCUGAGCAGCAACCAGGUCAUCCAGCAGAGGCAGCAGUUCGGGCGCAACGCCCUGACGCCGCCUCCGCAGAAGCCAUGGUGGCUCAAGUUCCUCGAGCAGUUCACCAACUUCUUCGCGCUGCUGCUCAUCUUCGGCGGCCUGCUGUGCUUCAUCGGCUACGGCAUCGACCAGAGCGACCAGACCAACCUGUACCUGGGCGUCGUCCUCUGGGCCGUGGUGCUCGUCACCGCGACGUUCUCCUACCUGCAGGAGUCCAAGUCCGAGAAGAUCAUGGAGGGCUUCAAGAACAUGGUGCCCAAGAAGUGCAAGGUCCUGCGCGACGGGGCGCACGCCAUCCUGGACUCCUCCGAGCUCGUGCCCGGCGACGUCGUCGACGUCGCCGACGGUGACCAGGUGCCCGCGGACAUCCGCCUGGUCCAGGCCACGGAAGUCAAGGUCGACAACUCCUCGCUCACGGGAGAAUCCGAGCCUCAGGACCGCAUCGUGGACUGCGUCAAGACCUCCAAGGAUGACCAGGGCAACGAGAGGCCCACGCCCGCCAUCGAGGCGACCAACCUUGCCUUCUUCUCCACCAUCGUCGUCUGCGGCUCCGCGCGCGCGGUCGUCGUGGGCACGGGCGACCGCACCGUCAUGGGACAGAUCGCCGGUCUGGCCACAGAAACCUCCGCCGAGUCCACGCCCAUCAACAAGGAGAUCAAGAAGUUCAUCUUCCUCAUCUCCUGUGUGGCCAUCUUCUUGGGCGUGAGCUUCUUCAUCAUCGGCUUCGUCCUGGGCACGGACAUCAUCUCCAACGUGGUGUUCACCAUCGGCAUCAUCGUCGCCAACGUGCCGGAGGGGCUGCUGGCCACCGUGACCGUCUCCCUCGCCCUGACCGCCAAGCGGAUGCACUCCAAGAACGUGCUGGUCAAGAACCUGGAGGCCGUGGAGACCCUGGGCUCCACCAGCGUGAUCGCCUCCGACAAGACCGGCACCCUUACGCAGAACCGCAUGACCGUGCAGCACGCCUGGUACGACGGCAAGAUCUGGCGCGUGCCCGCCGCCAGGAACAAGCCACAGCUGGACGCGGCCAUGAACACGACCGGCGGCUCCGAGGCCGUCAUCAAGACGUCAGACGUCACCUGGAAGCACCUCCACAUGGUGGGCGCCACCUGCAACAACUCCAAGUUCGUGACCGCGGGCGACAGUGACUCCAAGGCGGUCAACCUGGCGGAGGACGUCCUGAGGACCGACUUCAACCUGCUGGGCCUGCAGUGCACCUCUGACGCCUCCGAGGCUGGUAUCAUCAAGGCGCUGCAGCUGCACAGGGACGUGGAGGAGCACAGGGCCGCCAACCCCAAGCUGUUCGAGAUCAAGUUCAACUCGCAGAACAAGUGGGCCCUGACUAUCAACAAGUCCGAGUUCACGGGCAUGCCCAUGAUCGCGCUCAAAGGUGCCCCCGAGCGCGUGCUGAGGAUGUGCACCAAGAUCAUGGUCCAGGGCGAGGAGGUGGCGCUGACCCCGGAGUGGGAGCAGAGGUACACUGAGGCGUACGAGUCCCUGGGUGGCCUGGGCGAGCGCGUGCUGGGCUUCGCCUUCAAGAACUUGACCGAGUACCCCCUGGACUUCGAGUUCAAGUCCAAGCCCGAGGUCAACUUCAAGAUGGACGACCUAACCUUCGUGGGCCUGCUCUCGCUCAUCGACCCACCUCGCGAGGGUGUGCCCGAGGCCGUCGCCAAGUGCAAGCGCGCCCGCAUCAAGGUCUUCAUGGUCACGGGUGACCACCCCAUCACUGCCCAGGCUAUCGCCAAGCAGGUCGGCAUCAUAGACCAGGAGCACUGGGACGCCGGCCGCGCCACCGUGGUGAAGGGCGACGACAUCCGCGGCUGGAUGGAGAUCAGCGACUCCGAGGAGCGCCAGGCCAAGUGGGACGCCGCCCUGAGCCACGAGCAGAUCGUCUGGGCCCGCGUGUCCCCCGCGCACAAGCUGCUGAUCGUCGAGAACGCCCAGCGCCGCGGAGACGUGGUGGCCGUCACCGGCGACGGCGUGAACGACGCCCCAGCUCUGAAGAAGGGAGACAUCGGCGUGGCCAUGGGCAUCGCCGGCAAGGACGUCUCCAAGGAGGCCGCCGACAUGAUCCUCAUGGACGACAACUUCGCCUCGAUCGUCAAUGGCGUGGAGGAGGGCCGCCUGAUCUUCGACAACCUCAAGAAGUCGAUCGCCUACACGCUGACGUCCAACAUCCCCGAGAUCGCGCCCUUCCUGUGCUUCAUCACCAUCAACAUCCCCCUGCCCCUGUCAACCGUGCUGAUUCUGUGCGUCGAUCUGGGAACGGACAUGGUGCCCGCCAUCUCGCUGGCCUACGAAGUGAAGGAGGCCGACAUCAUGGACAGGCCCCCCCGCAACGCCGCCACUGACCGCCUCGUCAACUCCCGCCUGAUCUCCUUCGCCUACCUCCAGAUCGGCGUGAUGCAGGCCCUGGGCGGCUUCUUCACCUACAUGGUGGUGCUGAACGACUACGGCUACGUGCCGCGCAUCCUGAUGGGCUGCGGCCUGUCCUGGGAGGAGGACUCGGUCCUGUGCGACCUCAACCAGCACCACAGGCCCGAGCAGUGCGGCUACGGCUGCGGCGAGCCCAAGGGCGAGCUGUACGACAGGGACGACCUCAAGUACUGCGAGAAGGGCUGCCCCGUCCCCUUUGACGGCACCCACGACCCCUUCUCCGAGAUGACCUCCCAGGGAUUCCGCGGCUUCGGCGCCGGCAAGGAGGCCGUGUGCGGGCGGACGUGCGCUUGGUUCAACAGGAUCAACGGCACCGACGACGGCCAGGCUUACCGUGACGCCCGUGGCGACGAGAGCAACGCUCUGCGGUUCAUCCUCACCGAGGAGGACGAGGCUCUGUUCGAUCUGUACUGCAGUGGUGACAAUGCCGACCUGUACGGCUUCCCCGGGCGCGGCGAAGCUUACGAGAACCGCGAGAACAAGGCGCGGCCGGGCUCCUUCUACUGGUGGAACGGCGAGCAGCAGCUGUGGGCCAACGUCAAGUACCAGAAGAACGCGCUGCAGCACGCCCAGACGUCCUACUUCGUGUCCAUCGUCGUCGUGCAGUGGGCCGACCUGCUGAUCGCCAAGACCAGGAAGCUGUCGAUCUUCACCCAGGGACUGGCCAACAAGUUCAUGAACUUCGGCAUCUGCUUCGAGACGGUGCUGGCCAUGAUCCUGUGCUACGUGCCGCCGCUCAACCUGGUGUUCGGCACGCGCCCGAUCCACGUGCUGCACUGGUUCCCUGGCGUGCCUUGGUCCAUCCUGAUCUUCGUGUACGACGAGAUCAGGAAGAGCAUCAUGCGCGCCAACCCAGGCGGCUGGAUCGACAGGUACACCUACUGGUAA